AUGUUUCGAUAUCUGUGGCUCCUGGCGGUCCUUCGAUCCGUGGCGAUGGGUGCACUUCAUCCGCCGGAACCGGAAGUGAUGGCGCCCCUGGUGGCGGCGGCCCUGGAAAUUCUGGACGAGCAGGUCAGCCCCUCGCAAAGCACCCUGGCGGUGAUGGAGCUGACGCGCGAGGAUGAGCACCGGGAUCACGGGCAGGAGGAGCUAAUGACCACGAUCCUCACCGAGGUGGGCAUCUCGAUGGCCCUGCGGACGUUCCAGCAGCCACCCGCUGAGGUGCCGGCCAGCUAUGUGGUUUUCCUGGUCAACUCCGCGCAGGCCUUCGACACCCUGAGCUUUCACUUCACCGAUGUCCAUUCGACGCGAGAGUACAACUUCCUCAUUCUGUUCACGCGUCGCAUGAACUCGCGGGCGGAGAGACUCCAGGUGCUGCGGGAUAUAUCCACCACCUGCGUGGGUUUCCACACCCUCAACGUGAUACUGCUCACCCAGAAGAGGAGCGGCGUGGUGCUGGUCUACGCCUAUCGGAUGUUCAACCAGGACUGCGACCUGAAGAUCAACCUGGAGCUGAUCGAUCGCUAUGAGAACGGCUCCUUUCGCUAUGGCCACCGGGCGAGGUCCUUCGAUCGGGGUCUGAAUAGCCUGUCCGGCUGUCCCUUGCGUGUCAGCUGGUAUCCCCUGGCGCCCUUUGUGUCCUUCAAGGGCAACGCCAGCGAUCCGGAGGAGAGAUCGCAGCUCUGGCGCUUGACCGGGAUCGAUGGCGAGCUGAUCAAGCUGCUGGCCAAGAUCUUUCACUUCCGCAUCCUGCUGGAGGAGCCCUGCGACAAGUGCCUGUCGCCGGACUUCAAGGACGGCUGCAGUGGCUGCUUCGAUCAGGUGAUCUACAGCAAUUCAUCCAUACUGAUUGGAGCCAUGAGUGGCUCGCAUCAGCACCGGGCGCAGUUCUCCUUCACGAGCUCGUAUCACCAGAGCUCGCUGGUCUUCAUCAUGCACAUGAGCCCGCAGUUUGGGGCGGUGGCCCAGUUGGCGGUGCCCUUUUGCGGCACCGUCUGGUUGGCCCUGGUGGCCUCCGGCUGCCUGGUGGUCCUCGUCGUCUGGCUGCGCAAGAGGUUCGUCUGUGGGCAGUCCGAUUGGGCCCUUCAUUUCCUCCAGGUACUCACCACCCUGAUGGGCAAUCCGCUGGAGGCGAGGAGUCUGCCCCGAAGCUGCCGCAUUCGCAUCCUCUAUGCAGGCUGGCUGCUCUUGGUCCUCGUCCUGCGCGUGGUUUACCAGGGCAAGCUGUUCGACUCCUUCCGGCUGCCCUACAACAAACCGCUGCCCACCGAGAUAUCCCAGUUGAUCGGGGCCAACUACACGCUGGUUACCCAGGAGUAUGUGGACUUUUAUCCGCGUCACCUGACUGUGUUGACCAGAAAUGGGUCCAAGGAUCGCUUCGAUUAUAUCCAGGAUUUGGGGGAAGAGGCCAGGGUGACGACCACCUCGCUGAUUGCCUCCAUGACGUACUACAAUCAGAUGCACUGGAGCACCAGCCGAUUGACCCACAUCCGCGAGCACAUCUUUCUCUACCAACUGGUCAUCUACUUGAGGCGCCAUUCGCUCCUGAAGUUCGCCUUCGAUCGGAAGAUCAAGCAGCUCUUGUCCGCCGGCAUUAUUGGCUACUUUGUCCGCGAAUUCGAUAGCAGCCUGUACGCGAAGCCCUACGAGGAGGACUACGAGGUGUCGCCCAUUCCCCUGGACUCCUUCUGCGGCCUCUACUAUGUCUCCUCGAUUUUGCUUUCGGCCGCCUUGGUUGCCUUUUUCCUGGAGCUGCUCAGCCUGAGGGUUAACUGGUUGAGGAGGCUCUUUGAAUGA